AUGUUUUCUUCUGAUGCAAUUGAUUUAUGUAUUGAAUGGCUUAGAUGUAAACAUCAUCUAUGGAUACGUAAAAUGAAUGAAGAGGAUAUACUCCAAUCGACUCGGUUUGUUAUCCAAGGUUUAGAUGCAUUAAAAACUGAACAUGGAAAGAUUCUCGAAACUCUCGCACAUUCUCCUGACUACUUACCGGCGAACACGGAGGAUGAGCAAGUGGGUAUACUGAAGAAAUCAAUGGAUUUGAUUGAUUUAGGAAUUGGCGAGGCUCAAGUAAUGAUGCAAUUAAAUCAUCAUUUACGAAAUUUCGAAGCUGAAAAGCAAAAGCUUCUCACACAAGUUCGACGACUAUGUCAAGAAAAUGCUUGGCUACGUGAUGAACUAGGAUCAACUCAAAAAAAGUUACACGAAUGCGAACAAAUCAAUGCCUCCUGUGCAGUUGAAUUGGAGCAUUUGAAGUUCUUAAAGGACGUGAAAUUAUUCGACAAUACCGACGACGAUACUUCCGCCAAAAAUCAGCAGAGUAACGGACAAGAUCUUGUCAGAGAUCUAUUUCCAUUUGAUGAGAACGAUAACGAACAAGAUAGUAAUACAGAUGAUCAACAAAUCUCUUUGAAAAACUGUGGUUCCUACGUUGAUUUAAUGAAGUUACCAACACAAACAACAAAUGGAUCAGUAAAUUCAAUAUCGGAUUAUCACAUACCAGAUCGAUUGAAAACACUACACAAUCUAGUUAUACAAUAUGCAUCACAGGGUCGAUAUGAAGUCGCUGUUCCGUUGUGCCGACAAGCUCUCGAAGAUUUAGAAAAAACAUCAGGACAUGAACAUCCUGAUGUUGCUACAAUGCUGAAUAUACUCGCACUUGUCUAUCGUGAUCAAGCUAAUUAUGUCGAAGCUACGACGUUGCUUAACGAAGCACUGAUAAUCAGAGAAAAUACACUCGGACCGGAUCAUCCAGUUGUCGCAGCAACUCUCAACAACCUUGCUGUUCUCUAUGGUAAACGUAAUAGAUUCAAUGAAGCUGAACCAUUGUGUAAACGCGCACUCAAAAUUCGCGAAAAAUGUCUCGGCCCACAGCAUCCCGACGUAGCGAAACAACUGAAUAAUCUCGCUUUACUCUGUCAAAAUCAGGGCAAAUACGACGAAGUCCAAUCCUAUUAUAAACGUGCAAUUGAUAUUUAUACCAAAAGUUUAGGGCCAUACGACAUAAAUGUCGAUAAAACUAUAAAUAAUCUAGCGUCUGCUUAUAUCAAACAACAGAAAUACAUCGAAGCUGAGCAGUUAUAUAAAGACACAUUAGUACGCGCGUAUGAAAAGACUGUGCAAACACCGAAACCGAAUUCUACACCGGAGAAUUCAGAUCUACAAAGUAAUUGGUAUAAAUCGAUCCAAACGGAUGCACCGAUAAUAACGACAACAUUGAAAAAUCUUAGUUCAUUAUAUCGAAGACAAGGUCGGUAUGACGCAGCUGACACAUUGGACAAUUACGCAUCACGGUCGACAAAAGAUCCUCAAGCCAUUAUUCAAGCCUUCUAUUUUGUUACGGAGAAAAAUCCAUCAGUUUAG